AUGUGGUUACCACGUCUUAUGCGUGCAGCAAAUGAAGAACAAGAACAUAGAGCAGCUGUUCUUCAUUCUCAAUAUAGCACAGUUGGAGCAGAUAUUCUAUGUGAAUGUGGUCAUCUAACAUCAGCAGCUCGCACAUCAGCAGUAUCACCAUUAGUUUGCGCUCGUUCCACAUCAAUCGUUUUGAAACAUCGUUUUGCGUUACUUAAAUGGUGUUGUAUUGCUUUCCUAAUGCUUAGUAUUGCAUUAAUUGCAUUUUCGAGUUUAUUAAAUUCUUCAUCUCCAAAGCUUUCUUCCGGCAGUUCAUAUCUGUUCUUUUUUAUCUCUCUUAUUAGCCUAAUUGUUUUUGUUGGACCUUGUUGCUUAAAAAUACGAUCUAUGUGCCAUCGCCGUAAUGGGCUGCGUGAAUCUGGCCAGCAAUUCUAUAUUCCUCGUCUUCAAUACUAUCCGUUUCGUUGGCCUUCUCUUCUUCUUUCUCCCAGUAUUUAUGCAGUGCACAAUCACAAUGAUCAUCAUCCGACGAAUUCUCGAUUAACUUCAUUUUUGUCGAGAAUGGAUGAUCCUUCGGCAAGAUUACCUUCUUAUAGCGAUGCAGUUAAAGAACCUGUUUUUGCUCCACCGCCUUAUUCAUUCAUAAUGCAGGAGCAAUCUCUAGGUGCUACAGUUUAUGAAUCACCAGAAAGUAGUAAUAUUAGUGGUGAAAAUAGUGGUGAAAACCACUCGAAAAAUAUGAAUUUAGAAAGUGAACUUUUUAUGGAGGAAAUAUCUUCUCCGGUUGAAGUUUCAACUUCAGCUGCAUUUGUGGAAAAUGAAGCAGAAAGAAAUUAA